AUGGGCGAUAGACUCACUCAAUUGCAGGAUGCUGUGGACCAGCUCGCCCAGCAGUUCGUUGCAAGCUUCCACUUCGUCCACCGACGUCACGAUCUCGAGCUCCUAGGACCCAAUGAUAAAAUCAGGGAGGUCAAACAAGACCCUGAACAGAAGGAGGUCGACCCCCUUCCGCCCGACGAGUUCAAGGAUGGCCUGGCCGAGUUAGCGCGCGACCUGAUCAUCAAGGAGCAGCAGAUCGAAGUCCUCAUAUCGACUCUUCCGGGGUUGGACAGCAGUGAAGCCGACCAGGAGCGCUACAUCCAGGAACUAGAGGACGAGCUUAAGGUUGCCGAGGCGCAAAGGCAGGACGCGAUCAAAGAGAAGGACCAGAUCCUGACAAAGCUUGACGAGGUCAUCAGGGGCAUUAGGCGGCCGUAA